AUGGCAACACCAAAAACGUCGCUGCUGAGCACCAUCCCUUCGGAUAAGGCGAGAUGGAACGUACUUGCCGCUGAAGAGCUGGAUCAUUUUAAUAUGGACUGGAUGGGCAAGUACCGCGGGAAGUCUUCGUGUGUUAUCAAACCCAAGUCUGCCGAAGAGCUCUCUGCAAUCAUGCGCAUUUGCUAUGAGAACAACAUUGCAAUCGUGCCUCAAGGUGGGAAUACAGGUCUGGUUGGCGGAAGUGUGCCAGUUCACGACGAGGUUGUUGUAAACCUUAGCAGCAUGAACAAGAUUCGCUCGUUCGAUACUAUGGCAGGCACGCUGGUCUGUGACGCAGGCUGCAUCCUCGAAGUGCUCGACGACUACGUCGCCAACGAGGGAUACAUGAUGCCGCUUGAUCUUGGUGCAAAAGGUAGCUGCCAUAUUGGUGGAAAUGUUGCGGCAAAUGCCGGUGGCCUCCGCUUCUUACGCUAUGGCUCUCUACAUGGCUCCGUAUUGGGUCUGGAGGUCGUGCUUCCGAAUGGUGAUAUCAUCACGGGUCUGCAGACCUUGCGUAAAGAUAACACAGGACUCGAUUUAAAGCAGCUUUUCAUUGGUUCCGAGGGCACGCUCGGCAUCAUCACCGGCGUCUCCAUUGCAACACCACCGCGGCCCAAGUCAGUGAAACUUGCCAUGUUUGGCCUUGACUCGUACGAGGCCGUGCAGCAGACGUUUCGUACAGUGCGGAAAUACUGCGGCGAGAUCUUGUCCGCAUUCGAGUUUGUCGAUGCUGACACGUUCAAUGUGGUGAUGAACAGCAAAGUACAAUCGCAUAAGAACCCCUUUACCGAACCGCACCGCAUGUAUGUCUUGGUAGAGACAAGCGGCUCGAACAAGGAACAUGACGAUGAGAAGAUGCAGCUGCUUUUGGAGGAGCUGCUUGAAUCGGGACUCAUUUCGGACGGCGUACUUGCACAAGACGAGACUCAAAUUCGUGCGCUGUGGGCAAUCCGUGAGAACAUCCCCGAAUCGCUCGGACACUUGGGCAAGGUGUACAAGUAUGACGUCAGCCUUCCCAUUGAAAAAAUGUACGACCUUGUAGACGCUGUGAAGCUACAGUGCCAAAAGCAUAGGAUCCUGGGUGUAUCACCCGGAGAGGACCUUGUUCUUGCGGUCGGCGGCUACGGGCACAUUGGCGACGGAAACCUGCAUAUUAAUGUCGCCGCAAAAGGUUACCUUGCGGAAGUCGAGAAUGCGCUUGAGCCGUUUAUUUAUGAAUUCGUCGCGAGCGUCAGGGGCUCCAUUUCUGCUGAACACGGACUCGGUCUUAUGAAGGCGGACAAAAUUGGCUACUCAAAGGAUCUCGUAUCUAUUGAUUGCAUGAAGCGCAUUAAGCGCGUAUUUGAUCCUAAAGGUCUGCUUAAUCCGUACAAGUACUUGCCGUCCCGAAAUUAA